AUGGCAGUGUCUGGCGAUCAAAAGAGACCCUUCCAAAUUUCUUUCCUUUAUGAGGGCACUGUAUGCAAGCGGCGUUUACACUGCGGUGGUGCAAUAAUCUGUACUGCUUUACGGAUCAGAGACGUGUUCCCUUCGCGCAGAGGACAUACGAAAGAUGUCAUCGGUGUCUCCGAAGCAUUGGUCAGGUCUGGUGUGAACAUCGGAGUAGUAACACCGAGGGUCACGCAAAUCAAGACCUAUUCCUGGGACAACGCCCAAGUAGUCCUGGUAGGGAACAAGUGUGACCUGGCAGAUGAACGGGCGGUCUCGGUGGACUGGGGCAGACGGUUGGCCCAACAACUGGGUGGGGUCACGCAAAUCAAGACCUAUUCCUGGGACAACGCCCAAGUAGUCCUGGUAGGGAACAAGUGUGACCUGGCAGAUGAACGGGCGGUCUCGGUGGACUGGGGCAGACGGUUGGCCCAACAACUGGGCCUAGAAUUCUUUGAAGCUUCAGCUAAAGAGGACGUGAACGUGAGGAACGUGUUUGAGCGUCUGGUCGAUUUGAUUUUCGACAAAAUGGCUGACAAUCCCGAUAAUAAUCCAGCAAUUGCCGGAGUCACCCAGAAGGACUACUCUUGGUCUACGUCCAAAUCGAUCCGGGAAUCCCAGGUUCCCGAUGCGGAACCUUGA